GCUACGUAUGUGUAUCCUUGCAAUCGACAUCAUUUUUUUCAGGCACCACGUUUGAUUGACAACACGACUGAUUUGAGAUGUAUCAUCUGCUUGUACAUACUAGUAGCAGCCACGACUGGAGAUCAGACAGAUAGCGUAACAUGCCGGGAUACAAGUGCGUCCUGUCGGAAGAUGAAUUGUGGACAACCAGGUAUCGAUGAAAAUUGCCGGAGGACGUGCGGUCGCUGCAACUUAACGGAUUGUGCAGUAGGUAUGUACAGAAAUGGCGACUCUUGUACAGCAUGCCAGAGACAAAGUCAAGAUGACCAUGAUGAAUGUACAAGAACAUGUCUGGUAACUGGAAGAUGGGGAGAAGCAUGUGACAGACAAUGUGGGGAUUCAUGUCAGAGUCUGAGUUGCUAUCAGUGGUCAGGGGAGUGUGUUCAUGGUUGCACUGAGGGUAGAUAUGGAAGACUGUGUGACCUCAACUGUGACCACUGUGGCCUCUGUGGGGACGGAGUCUCAAACUGUGCCCGUGGAGAUGGUUCUUGUAUCUGUGGAUGUAGGGGGAACGUAUUCGGAGUGAAAUGUGACAAACAAUGCGAUAACAAUUGUCUUAAUACAUCAUGCAAUAGCACAACAGGAGCAUGUACACAUGGAUGCAAACAGGGACUGUUUGGAAAGAAAUGCAAUACAUACUGCAGUGACAAAUGCCUACAUGGUACAUGCUACCAGAAUGGAUCAUGUAUUGCGUGUGUGAAGGGACAUUAUGGUAAAGAAUGCCGGGAGAAGUGUUCCAGGAACUGUGGUAGUGAGACAUGUAGUAGAGAUGGGAGUUGCAGUCCCUGUAACCCAGGGUACUUCAAAACGCAGUGUCAGGAGAAAUGCAGCGACACUUGUCUGAAUAGAACAUGCAGUCAGAACAACGGGACAUGUUAUUAUGGUUGUGUUUCCGACUGGCAUGGAGACACAUGUGCUGUUAAAUGUCCUGAGAACUGCGCUACUGACAAAUGUAGCAGAGACAACGGUUCGUGUGCGGAUGGAUGCAUAGAUGGUUCCUAUGGUCAACACUGUAACCUCACAUGCAGUAGUAAUUGCACAGACAUGAAAUGUUCCACUACCUACCCAGGUGGAAGUAAACCUGCCUGUACUUUGGGGUGUAAAGAUGGAGUGUGGGGAGACUACUGUGACAGUGAGUGUCCUGACCACUGUACAACCUGCAACAGAAGAACGGGUACCUGUCUGAAAUUUUCCUACGUGCAGUCCCUUCACAGGGUGAUCGUCGUCUUGUCAGCAUGUCUCGGUGUUCUCCUGCUUGUCAUUGCAGUCAUAAUCGCGAGGAAGAGAGAGUGUGCAUGGUGCAAAGUCUUCCAAAGAGGUAUAUAUCUAUCACCAAGCAGCCCUGACAGCAGACCAGGCGAAAUCUCACUGCAAGAGUUCAAUGGAUCACGUGACAGUGAAGGGUCUCGGUAUGCCGUAAUUCCGGAUAUGAAUAACGAUUCCUCUGUGGAAGAGAGAGGCUACGAACAACUGAAUCUACCCCCACCAGACACUGGCUACACGCCGUUAUCACAUACUUGUCAAUGAGAUGAACUUGUCUGUCAAUGAAAAUCCCCUUACCCGUGUAACUGCAAUUUUACUAUAUCAUCAACAAAUGUUGUGUCGUUGUCACCUUCAACAAUAAUUAUGUUUAUUGUCAAUCUUGUGUGUAUAUAUAUGGUGUAUGUGGCCUUCGUUUGCUCCCCUUUAUUCCCUAAACCAACCUAUUGUUUUCGGAUUUAUGUGUGAUAUCUCAUAAGGUAAAAUUUUCCCAGACUCGUGCUUGUGUAAUUCGAAUGUAAAUUUAAAGAUUUUGUUUUGAUGAAAGCAACAAAUACAUAUUUGAUUCAAUGUGCACUCCAACUUUCUCUUUGUAUUCGGUUGCACACUC